AUAACGUUGUGUCGAACUCAAAUCCCGACCAUUAAGUCGACAAACAUAAAGUAAUGGAACUGUAACACACACAUACACACACUCGCCAUCUCACACUACUUCACUCCAAGCUCAACAACUGUUCUUACACGCUCAACACUCUACUCCUUUCUUUCUCUCUCUAGAUGUUCUCUCUCUAGAAAACACCCACCAACCCCCACCACCACCAUGGGCUGCACAGCCUCCAAACUCGACAACGAAGACACCGUCCGCCGCUGCAAGGAACGACGUCGUCUCAUCAAAGACGCCGUCUUCGCCCGCCACCACCUCGCCGCCGCUCACUCCGACUACUGCCGCUCCCUCCGCGUCACCGGCGCCGCCCUCUCCUCGUUCGCCGCCGGCGAACCCCUCGCCGUCUCCGACCACUCCCCCGCCGUCCUCCUCCCCUCCGCCAAUCCCGCACCGCCACGUGUCCCCCAACACCACCACUUCCCCCAAACUCAUAAACCUAAACUCCCUCACAUUCUCUCACAAUCCUCUCUCUCCACCUCACCACCUAAACAACACACACAAGUUAAGCUGCCUCAUAUAUUAUCCGAAUCCGAGGCGGAGCCUGAUCAUCACACUCCUCUCCGCAAGUUUAAUUUGAACACCACGACGAAUGUGAACCCGAUAAUCUCCCACAAACCGGCUGAAAUGGAGAGAAAGAUGAAGCCUAAGCCGAAGCCGAAGCUGCCUCAUAUUCUGUCCGAGUCGAGCCUUGCUUCGACUCCGAAAGGAACACGCAGGCACUUGAAAAAUCAGUACAGUGAGCGUUUUACUUACGAUGCUCAGGCUACUUACUCGUCGACUCCUUCUCAAGCUUCGUCGGUUUGGAAUUGGGAGAAUUUCUACCCUCCUUCGCCUCCUGAUUCUGAGUAUUUCAAUCAGAAAGAUAAUCAUCAUAAUGAUGAUUAUGAUGAUAAUUCUUCGGUUUAUUCCAAGCGUGAUCUGGAUAGUGCUUCGGUUUACUCGAAGAAAUCGGGGAGUUUUCGACAUGGCGAUGAUGCUUCCUCGAUGUAUUCAAGACAUGAUCCGGAGAUGGCGUCGGUUUAUUCGAAUCACGAAAAGAAAUCUAGCAGGCAUGAUGUGGACACAGCGUCCAUGUACUCGAAUUACCAGAGGGAUUCGAGCAGGUAUGGUCAUAUGGAUGAUAAGUCUUCGGUUUAUUCGAAACAUGAUCCGGAGACGGCUUCAAUGUACUCAAAUUACGAGAAGAAAUCGAGGAGUUACAAAGAAGAGGAGAGUAGGAACCAUCAUAUUCAUCAUUUAGAGAGUGAUUGUGAGGAGGAAGAAUCGGAAACCGAAGCUGAGGAGCAAGAAGAAGUGCAGUGUAGUGAAUGGGGAGAUCAUUACAGUACGACGACGAGCUCUUCUGAUGAUGAAUUGGCGGAGAGGGAGUCUAGAUCGGAAGCUACUCGAUCUAAUUUUGGAUCUUCGGUUCAUAGUGAAGCUAAAUCGAUGCCGUUUAAGGCAGCUGUGCCAGCUAGUAAGUCGGAUAAGUUUGAUUAUGAUGCUGGGUCUUCGGCUAGCUGGAAUCAUAACAGUAGUAACAAUGUUAAUUAUAAUGUUGGAAGGAAUGAGAGUGAGAUUAGUGAUAUGAAUAUUGUGGUUAGACACCGUGAUUUAGCGGAGAUUGUGGCAGCGAUUAAGGAGUAUUUUGAUAAAGCUGCUUCUGCUGGUGAUCAGGUUUCGGAGAUGCUUGAAACUGGUCGUGCUCAACUUGAUCGGAGUUUUAAAUCAAUGAAGAAAACCGUCUAUCAUUCGAGUGGAGUGUUUAGCAAUUUAAGUUCGAGCUGGACUUCGAAACCACCAUUGGCAGUCAAGUACAAGUUUGAACCUGGUUCAAUAGAUGAACCGAGUGGCUCUAAGAGUUUAUGCUCCACCUUAGAGCGGCUGUUGGCUUGGGAAAAGAAACUCUAUCAGGAGAUAAAGGCAAGGGAAGGAGUGAAAAUUGAACAUGAGAAAAAGUUAUCCACUCUACAAAGCCAAGAGUAUAGGGGAGAUGAUGAGGUGAAACUGGACAAGACAAAGGCAUCAAUAAAGAGGUUGCAGUCUCUAAUUUUGGUCACAUCUCAAGCAGUAUCUAGCACCUCCUCGGCUAUUAAUGGUUUGCGAGACACUGAACUUGUCCCGCAGCUUGUCGAACUAUGUCAUGGGUUUAUGUACAUGUGGAAAUCGAUGAACCAGUUCCACGAAGUACAGAACCACAUUGUGCAGCAAGUGCGAGGGCUUGUAAAUCUGGCAACUAAGAAUGUAUCAACUUCUGACCUGCACCGGCAGGCAACAAGUGAUCUUGAGUCAGCUGUAUCUGCCUGGCACUCCUGCUUCUGCCGCCUAAUAAAGUUCCAAAGGGACUUUAUCUGCUCUCUCCAUGGCUGGUUUAAGCUGAGUCUCAUCCCCCUCAACAGCGAACCAAAUAAUGGCAGCGAGGGUUCUCUUGAUGCAUUAACCUUCUGUGAUGAGUGGAAGCUUGCGCUUGAUCGUGUACCCGACACAGUUGCAUCAGAAGCCAUUAAGAGCUUUAUCAAUGUUGUCCACUCAAUAUCUACAAAGCAGGCAGAAGAGCUGAAGAUAAAAAAACGCACUGAAUCUGCAUCUAAAGAGCUCGAGAGAAAAGCUUCGUCUCUCAGAAGCAUAGAAAAGAAGUAUUACCACUCAUAUUCUAUGGUCGGUAUCGGGCUUCCUGAUACUGGUCCUGAUAACGGCCAUGCAUUAGAUGCAAGGGACCCGCUCUCUGAAAAGAAAUCUGAACUGGCAGCUAGUCAAAGGCGAGUUGAAGAUGAGAUGGUGAGGCAUUCCAAGGCCGUAGAGGUGACAAGGGCUAUGACAUUGAACAAUAUUCAAACCGGCUUACCGGGAGUUUUUCAGGCAAUGACCAGCUUUUCUUCCCUAAUCAUGGAAGCACUUGAGGUAGUUUGCAACAGGUCAUACGCCAUUAAAUAGAUAAAAACAUUUGAUUCUUACUUAAUACUUAAAUUUACUUUUGGGGUUAUGAGGUAAGAUAUAUAUAGAUAGAAAGGAGGCAGGCUUACACUUCAGGAAGUUUUUCCCAUGAACUCUGAAAUUUCAGAUAUUGUAUCUUUUUGAUAUGUAGAUAAAAAGGAAAUUUUGUUGAGA